GUGAGACAUAUUUGUAAAAUAUACAUAAGUAUAGACCAAGUAAACAUCUCUUUAUAGUCAACAUCAGGUAUUUAAAUUUGUAUAUUGGUCACUCUUGUACAGAAUUAGUUUCAUAUGAUAGAUGAAUAUUGUGUUAUACUGCUGUAGUUUUAAGGAAAAUAAAGUCCCAUUUUGAAGUAUAAAAACCCCUGUACAUUCUUUAUCAAUGUGUUUCCCUAUAAUUAAGCCAUAGGAAUUUAAUUAAUGUUGCAUGCAUACACCAUUAUAUUACAGUGUUAGUGGCGGCACAGACUAUUAUGCUGCAGAUGAGAAUGAAGUGUUUCAAACUGAUCGUGACCUGGUAGAAACCCUUAAUCUACCCAGCCAUCCUGGUCCAACUAGAAACUCAGAGGAGCCUUUGUUUGACCCAGAACAAAUACAAGGUCAUAUACAAGCCCAGCAACAAGAAACAAUGGAUAUUAGAAAGGUCUUGUCAAGAAUUGUUGAUGGUAGCAGAUUUAGCGAGUUCAAAGUCCAGUAUGGUACGACAUUAGUUACAGGAUUUGCUCAUGUUCAAGGGUAUUUGGUGGGUAUAAUAGGGAACAAUGGUGAAAUAACAGAUACAGCUGCCGCUAAAGGAGCUCAUUUUGUCCAGAUGUGUUCAGAACGUAACAUUCCAAUUGUUUUUCUACAUAACACUGUCUCUCAAUCCACAGAUAAUACAUUUGGUUUAACGGGUGGUAAUUUUGUUCGAGAUCAUGCUAAAAUGAUGGCAGCUGUAAGCUGUGCUAAAGUACCAAAGAUCUCUUUUGUGAUUGGUAAUAGUAUUGGACCUUCAAAUUUUCUGAUGUGUGGACGUUCAUGUAGCCCAAUUCUAAUUUUUUCAUGGCCAAAUGCUGCAAUAGGUAUGAUGAAAGGCUCCCAGAUUGUGCAAGCAAUAAUGCAGGAAAAGUUUGAUAGGAAAGAUGUUGACAAUACUGAGGCGAAAGCAGAAUUGGAGAAGAAGUUAACACAGAAAUAUUUGCUGGAAACAUCUGCCUUCUACAUUAGUUCUCGUGUGUUAGACGAUGGAAUUAUUCUUCCUCAGCAUACCAGACAAGUGAUAGGAAGAUGUCUUGACAUAACAGCAGCAUACCUUCCCCGACAACAGACUAACUAUCCUGUGAUACGAAUGUAAACUGUGAUAUAUAUAUUUCUGACACUGUAAGAUAAUGACAUAGCAAAUGAUAUUAUUAGAUAUAAUUAUUAUAUUUUAAAUCAGCAUGCCUCCAGAUUAAUUUUUUUAAUAUGAAAAUGUAGUUAAAAGUAAAUUAAUGUGAAGUGAACAAAGAAAGUAAUUUCCAUGUUGCAAACAGCACUUAUAAUCUAUGUUUGUUACUGAAAAAGAGGUCAAAAUAGGCCUUACUAAGUUAGUCAGGCAGUAGAAAUAUUGUGAUAAAUACUGCAAAAUCCAAAAACAGUCAUUAAUCACAUAAAACAUAUAAACUAUGGUUGAAUCUUGAAUAUUUUCUCUUUUCUCAAGUUUGAUUUUCUUAAAAUAUUUUUGGCUCAUCUGGAGGCAUGCAUGCAGGUUUAUUGGUUUAUCAUUUUUAACGUCCAUUUUCUCAGCAACUAUCACAGGAUUCACUCCUAACUUGCUAUACUUGUUCAGAAUGAAAAGGGUGAUACUAUAUAAGACAGAUAAUCUUAAUUUCAUUUUUUUAAAAACUUUAUUACCCUUUUUCAACUUUAUCUCAGAAACUAUC